CCUCCCUCCAAUAGUGAAACAUCUUCCGAUGUCCCUUGACAAGUUGCCACCGGAAACCGAUCGCCAGAGCAGUACGAUUCAAUCCAUUCGUAGCUGUCAUUACCGUUUUCCAUCCAUCCAUCCACCAAGACCUUCUCCAACUCUCCCUCUCGUCUCACAAAUCGAUCCAGCAGAACUACAAAACACACAAACAAGCCAUCCAGCAACUUCUAUCAAUCAAACACUAGCUACAAAACAAAUAAUCAACCAUGACGGGCAACUUUUUCGGUGAAACUUGGGACCGCAUCAAGAGCUUUACAGUGCCCAAACCAGAACGAAAUGCACAAAUUCUAUGUGGAAUCUGCAAUUGCUUCUUCUUUGGAAUUGGAACCAUUGUGGCGGGGAUUAUCGAGAACAACUUGCCAGACGUAGCCAUUGGAGUUCUACAGCUAUGUGUACCCUUUGUCGGAUGGGUAUGGAGUGUCAUUUGGGGUAUCUUGAUGAUCCUAGAUAAAUAGACUAGAUGAUGUGAUGGAAACAGGAUACAUUCAGAAUACACUGCACCUACUAAAGCCUACUAAACACACAACCAUUGC